AUGGAAAUGCUAAGGAAGUUGCUGAGGAGGAGACUGUUUUCUUAUCCCACGAAAUACUUCUUCUGGUUUCUCGUUUUGUCCCUAGUCGCCUUCUCUGUUUUAAGAAUUUAUCAAAAGCCCGAAUUUCUAAGCAUCGAACAUUUGGAUCUAGUUGGGGAGAAUCCUAAUAGUAAUAUUAAUUGCACCAAAGUUUUGCAGGGAGAUGUAGCCGAAAUCGAAAAGGCGAAGCUGGAGAGUCUCACAGUACAAUUUAAAAGGCGCCCUCGGUGGACAGCCUAUGACUAUAUAAACAUGACUAGUGAUUGUACUUCUUUCAUCAAGAGACGCAAAUACAUCGUAGAACCUCUCAGCAGAGAAGAGGCAGAGUUUCCCAUCGCAUAUUCCAUAGUGGUGCACCACAAAAUCGAAAUGUUGGACAGGCUCCUGAGGGCCAUCUACACGCCUCAGAACUUCUAUUGCCUUCACGUGGACAAAAAGUCAGAGGAUUCCUUUCUGGCCGCGGUGACGGGCAUUGCAUCCUGCUUCGCUAACGUCUUUGUGGCCAGUCAGCUGGAGACCGUGGUGUACGCGUCGUGGAGUCGGGUCCAGGCCGACCUCAACUGUAUGCAGGACCUCCGCAGAAGAAACGCAGGCUGGAAGUACCUGAUAAACCUCUGCGGCAUGGAUUUCCCUAUUAAAACCAACCUGGAGAUUGUCAGGAAGCUCAAGUCCCUGACGGGAGAAAACAGCCUAGAGACGGAGAAGAUGCCACCCCACAAAAAAGAGAGGUGGAAAAAGCACUACGCCAUCGUGGACGGGAAGCUGACAAACACGGGGACUGACAAGACGCAGCCUCCUCUGGACACACCCCUGUUUUCGGGCAGUGCCUAUUUCGUGGUCAGCAGAAAGUAUGUAGAGUACGUGCUGGAGAAUGAAAAAAUCCAGAAGUUUAUGGAGUGGGCAAAAGACACCUACAGCCCGGACGAGUACCUCUGGGCCACUCUUCAGAGGAUCCCCGAAGUCCCCGGCUCAGUGCCCUUAAGCAAUAAGUAUGACACGUCCGACAUGCAAGCCAUUGUGAGGUUUGUCAAGUGGCAGUACCUGGAGGGUGACGUUUACAAGGGCGCCCCCUACCCGCCCUGCAGCGGGGUGCACGUGCGCUCCGUGUGUGUGUUUGGGGCAGGCGACCUGAACUGGAUCCUGCACAAGCACCACUUGUUCGCCAAUAAGUUUGACAUGGACAUUGACUUCUUUGCCAUCCAGUGUUUGGAUGAGCACCUGAGGCACAAAGCCCUGGAGGUGUUAAAACACUGA